AUGGGACAAUCCAUCGGCCACGUCGUGCCCGGGAUCAUAAUCUCAGGCCUCGGCCUGUGGCAGCUGUUCAACCACAUCAGGCUCUUCUCCCUCGACCCGGGCACCUACGUCGCGCCGGCCUGGUUCCCGGCGCCACGCGUCCGCUACCUCGAGCUCCUCGUCAUGCUCGCCGGCGGCGCCUACGGGUUCGUCUCCCAGAUGUUCGGCUACUCCAUGCCGUUCAACGCCGACGGCUCCAUACCGGAGGCGCGCCUGCCCAACCACGAGCACGCCGUCAUCUACGCCGCGCUCGUCCUCUACGCCGGCGCCGCCGCGUACCUCGACCGCUCCCGGUGGCUGCGGGGCCGCCGCACGCUCUGCACGCUCCUCCUGGCGCUCCUCUACGCGCAGGAGCUCUUCAUGUUCCACGUCCACUCCUCCGACCACGCCGGCGUCGAGGGCCAGUUGCACUGGUUCCUGCAGGCCGUCGUCGCCGCCUGCCUCGCCACCGCGCUCCUCGGCGCCGGCUUCCCGCAGAGCUUCGCGGUGAGCCUGGUCCGGUCGGCGGCGCUCAUGUUCCAGGGGGUGUGGUUCAUGGACAUCGGAGUCAUGUGGCUCCCGGGGCUCAUCGCCAAUGGCUGCUCACUGGAGGAUGGCGGCCGCUCUAUCCGCUGCCACAGUGAGGAAAGCGAGCACCACGCUAAGGCCGUCAUCAACCUGCAGUUCGGGUGGUGCUUGACACUCAUGGCGUUGUUCGUCGUCGUGCUCUACUUGUACGUGUGCAGGAGGUAUCCACCGGAGGCAACGUACGGCCGGCUGCCGGAAGCUGGAGACCCGGAGGACCUCAAGGCAGGCCACUGUAUGCGUGGUUUCACGUCGUUGGAGAUCGAGGUGUAA